CGCAAACGUUGGGAAAGCGGGCAUUUCUACCAGUUACUAUACAAGAUACUGUCAACUGACAGUGUAAUCUGGAAUUCACCGGUAAGAUCAAUAGUGGAUUUGAAAAGAUGGACUGGACUUUGGUGGUCUCACUGGUUUUUCUCGGAUGUGCCGCAGAGGUCACGGUAUUCGCCAGCCCGGAUGCCAACGAGACUCAGUCACAUCAGCCACAGAAUGUGUACCACGACAUUACUGUCACCAGGAACAAGAUCGUGACAGCGCAGUUUGAGUGCUACCAGAAGAUCAUGAAGGGCACCAAUCAUUUCACAAAAGCGGGGCCUGUGUGUAACCGGACGUGGGAUGGAUGGCUCUGCUGGGACGACACGGAGCCAGGUGUGGUGUCGCAGCAGCACUGCCCGGAUUACUUCCAGGACUUUGACCCGACAGAACUGGUUUCCAAGAUCUGCACUGCAAGUGGACAGUGGUUUAUGCACCCUGACAGUAACCGAACAUGGACAAAUUACACCAGAUGUAAUGAGCACACUAAUGAAGGACGCAUGACUGCAAUGAAUUUGUUCUACUUGGCCUUAAUUGGUCACGGAUUAUCAUUAACAUCACUGUUCAUCUCGCUUGCAAUAUUUUUUCAUUUUAAAAGUCUAAGCUGCCAGAGAAUCACCCUGCACAAAAAUCUCUUCUUCUCCUUCGUCCUCAACUCCAUCAUCACUAUCAUUUGGCUGACAGCCGUGGCAAACAACCAGGAAUUAGUGCAGCGAAAUCCUACGGGUUGUAAAGUAUCUCAGUUUAUCCAUCUGUACCUGUUUGGAUGUAACUACUUUUGGAUGCUGUGCGAGGGGAUUUAUCUGCAUACACUCAUCGUUGUGGCCGUGUUUGCAGAAAAACAACACUUGAUGUGGUACUAUCUCCUUGGAUGGGGAUUUCCGCUAAUCCCAGCUACAAUACAUGCCAUUGCUCGCAGUUAUUACUACAAUGACAAUUGUUGGAUCAGCUCCAACACAUCACUGCUAUACAUAAUCCAUGGGCCCAUCUGUGCAGCUCUAUUGGUGAAUUUGUUUUUCCUGCUGAACAUUGUGCGUGUGCUCAUCACAAAACUGAAAGUGACCCACCAGGCUGAGUCCAGCCUGUACAUGAAGGCCGUGCGUGCCACCCUUAUUCUCGUCCCCUUACUGGGCAUUCAGUACGUUCUCUUACCCUACAAACCCGAAGGCCGAGUCUCUUCGGAAAUCUAUGACUACAUCAUGCAUAUCCUGAUGCAUUAUCAGGGUUUGCUUGUGGCCACCAUCUUCUGCUUCUUCAAUGGAGAGGUACAAGGGGUUUUGAGGAGGCACUGGAAUCAGUACCGCAUCCAGUUUGGGAGCACGCUGGCUCACUCGGACGCGCUGAGGUCGGCAUCGUACACAGCCUCCUCCAUCACCGAGGUGCAGGGUUGCUACAGCAUUGACAGUCACACGGAGCACCUCAAUGGCAAGAGCUGCCACGACCUUGACGCCAGCAUCUUAAAAUCUGAGAAUACUUACGCCUGAUCACGUGACCCUGGGAUUUAGACACAGAGAGUGUUGAAAACAGUUAGUUACCAUGGCUGCCAUCAGUGUUGUGACUGACUUGGACCACUGUCUGCUUUGGUCCAAACAUGUGCACUGCUGAAGAGAGGACACCUGAAACGCCCCCCUCCGUCUGUAAGCAUGGUGAAAACCACAGAAUCAAACAGGCAGCCGAGUUUUUAUUGAAAUGCAUUUCAAAAAGUCAUAGUUGUUCACAUCUUUGAA